UUUGGCACAGUUAAAACGCAGUCUCUCCGCGAUCUUCUUCAGAGGUCAGAGCAGUAGUCCUCUAGAUACCGUUGCAUCAACACCAGGAGAAGUAAGGAUGAGUGCAAUAAUUUCGAUAGUCGACGGUGGAUUUUCGACGCAAUUAUCGAGGCACGUGGGUGAUAAGAUAGACGGAGAUCCCCUGUGGACAGCGCGUUUUCUGGCGACCCACCCUGAGGCUGUGCUGGCAACACACCUCGAUUUCCUCAGGGCGGGUUCAGAUAUUAUCUUGACGAAUACUUAUCAGGCCUCGGUGGAGGGGUACGCGGAGCAUCUUGGAAUGACAGAAUCAGAGAGUCUGCAUUUGAUCCACAAGGCAGUGGAGCUUGCGGAUGAGGCAGUAAGGAUUUACAUGGAAGAAAGAGGUACGAUGGAUUCCACGGGAUCAAAGGAUUGGCGACCCUUGAUAGCAGGUUCCUGUGGUCCUUACGGUGCAUCACUGCACGACGGUUCAGAGUACACGGGAUCAUAUGCGUCGACGGUGACGAAGAGUUUCCUGAGGGAGUGGCACAGACCCAGGAUCGAGGCCCUCAUCAACAGUGGAGUUGAUCUACUCGCCCUGGAGACGAUUCCCUGCGCUAUUGAGGCCGAGGCCCUUGUCGAACUCCUCAAAGAGUAUCCCAGCACCAAAGCCUGGAUGAGCUUCUCCUGUCGCACUGAUGGAAAAAGGAUUGUUGACGGGAGUGACUUCCGGAGGACCGCCAUCGCUUCCUACAGGAGCGCAAUUCCCGGCCAACUCGUCGCUGUCGGCAUCAACUGCAUCGCCCCAAGGCUCGCCGCUUCUUUCUUCCAAGGCAUCAAUCAGGGCGAACAGUCUGUACCACUUGUUCUUUAUCCUAACAGCGGUGAGACCUACACUGUCGCCGAAGGCUGGAGAAAAUACGGCAAUGAGCCCCAGCUCGAGAACUUCAUUCAGGAGUGGCUCGAUCUCGGCGUCAGAUACGUCGGCGGAUGCUGCAGAACAUACGCCAAAGAUGUCACCAAGAUAAAAGCCGAAGUCGAGGAGUGGCUCGAGAAGAAGAAGAGGGAUCCUCAGUGUUGUUGAUGAUCAUAAAAAGAUUGCACUCCAUUUUUAGUUGUUUUCUAGAUUUAAUUUUAUGUGAAUCGGGUAAAUAGGAUAAGUGCUGGCUUAACUUGAAUUAUCUGUAAACAUCCUUGAAAUAACAUGAGAUACAGAAAUUUUUAUAAAUAUUCUCAUUGAUAUCUCAUAUCGGCGAUAUGCCAAAUAUGCAAAAUCUGGGGAUUUUUGAAAGACGAUUUUUUAUUCAGCAGCGAAGUGGUAAACUAGGAUAAGUGCAUUUUCUCAAUAUUUACAAUAUUAAAAAAUGUUUAACUACGAGAUCAAUUGCGUGAUUUACAACAGAAAUAACGGAUAUUGUGAUUGAGAUUGGAAAUUAUGGGAAUAUUACCUAAAUUACGAGUUUUUUCCUGCAUUUUACGAUUUGCUAAUCUCGUAAUAGAUGAUCUCAAUGUGGUAAGUUUCUAGAUUGAGAUCAUAAAUUACGAUUUUGAAGAGGUAAUUUACGGGAUUCCGGAAUUACGAAAUUACGAAAUUACGAAAUUAAAAAAUUACAAAAUUACGAAAUUAAAAAAUUACGAAAUUACAUAAAUAAUGUAAUUUAUGCUUUAAAAAUAAUAAACUCCAACGUAUGAAGCCAUAAAUGACAAGAAUUUUCAAGUUUUACAUUUAAAAAAAUUGUCACAUGACUUCGUCUAUUGACAUUAUCUCGGAAUCAAGAGAGAUAUCGCAUUUUUGCUCAUGACCUUGUUUGUAAGUCUUAUUAGUCUUAUUGCGCUCUAUAAAAAAGAUAUUUACAAAGAUUUUAAUAUCUUUUGAGAUAUUUUUUGAUUUUGAGAUAUCAGAAUUUUUGUAGACAUCUUUUGUGUACAGCGAAAUGAGAUAACGUAAGAGAAAUUGUAAUAUUUCCCUAGCCGUAGAUUUUCGACAUUUUUUAUAACUAUCUUAGAAUAUUAAUAGAAAAAAUACCUCCAAAAACGAUUAUCUGGUCGUUGUAAAUAACAAAAUGGCAAGGCGUGAUAAAAUGGAUUUAUUAUUCCAUUCAUCAUCAGGUUUCCCUCCAGACUUUCGAUUUAGACAAUAAACAGACGACUUUUUCGAUAGCUUA